CAUGAGAGGAUACCGAGGCAUCAAGUACACCUUGUUCAUCUUCUGCUACUUCUUCUGGGUUGUGAGCGCCGUCCUGAUCGCCGUGGGGAUCUACGCCAAGAUCGCCAAAGAGAAAGAUGUGGUGGACACGCUCACUGUUGAUCCAGCUUUGCUGCUGAUUGUUGUUGGCUCGUUGAUGUUCCUCAUCACGUUCCUGGGAUGUUUUGGAGCGCUGAGGAACGCCACCUGCCUGCUGAAGACGUUUUUGGCGAUCCUGGUGGCCAUCUUCCUCUUGCAGCUUGCAGCCGGAGUCCUCGGAUACGUUUUUACAGACAUGGUAACGUUUCAGAAGCAGAAUCGCAGCACACCAAGUACCAAACCAAACACACGUGAGCCUGCUGUCGUUCAGGUGAUGGACAGGACGGAGAAGCUGAUGAUGAAGGCCAUUGUCCGCUACAGGGAGGACCAGGACCUGGAGAACGCCAUCGACUUCAUCCAGAAGAAGUUCCUGUGCUGUGGUGUAGAGGGCUACAAGGACUGGUCCCACAACAUUUACUUCGAGUGUUCGGACACCAACCCCAGUCUGGAGGCCUGUGGGGUUCCCUUCUCAUGCUGCGUUCGCUUGAAGAACCAGACAGUGCUCAACACCAUGUGUGGCUACGGGACACAGCAGAUGGAGGAACCUUCAGCCAGAAAGAACGUCUUCACCACCGGCUGUGUAGAGAAGAUCCUCGGCUGGGCCAGGAACAACCUGCGGCUGGUGGCCGGCCUCACCGCCGGCCUGCUGCUGCUUGAGGUGUGCAUGAUGUCCCUGGCAGGUGCACAGAUCUCCUGGAUAAAGAAGGUCCAGCAGAGACAGAAAGAAAUCGAAGCUCGUUGUAAAUCUGAGAAAAAGGAGAGACUUUGGUUUCCUGCGUUCGCCGACUUCGACAACGAAUAA